UCCAUAUAAAGCAAAAUUUAAAAGCUCUCCACACAAAUAAUUUCAUUAUUAUUGUUGUUAAUAUUUCUUCCCAUUUUCAAAAUCUCUCUUCAAGAAACAAACCCUUCUUCGUUGAAAAGGAGCAGAGAAGCUCAAGAACUCUAUCUCCAAGCUAAGGAACUCUCUGCAUUAGAUUCCAUUACUUAGAGAGAAAGAAGGAAGAAUCUAAGUAAUGGGUAGAGCUACAAGAUGGCUAAGAAAUCUCCUAGGGAGCAAAAAGGACAGCAGGGAGUCCCGUGAAAGCGGAUUCUCCAUCGCCGGCGAUGACCGGAGAGAGAAGAAGCGGUGGAGUUUCAAAUCGGGCCGGGACUCGGCAGAGGUGGUCGAGGGUCAGGUUCCGGUGAGCUCUGUCGACAAUGCGGCUUGGCUUCGCUCGAUGUAUUCAGAGACUGAGAAGGAGCAGAACAAGCACGCCAUCGCGGUCGCUGCGGGGACAGCCGCCGCUGCCGAUGCGGGGUUGCGGCGGCGCAGGGCUGUGGCUGUGGUGAGGUUGACUAGUCAAGGGAGAGGAACUAUGUUCGGUGGAGUCCAAGAGAGGAUUGCUGCAAUCAAGAUACAGACUGUUUUCAGAAGCUAUUUGGCCAAAAAAGCUCUCAAAGCUCUGAAAGCACUAGUAAAGCUACAAGCUCUUGUUAGAGGCUAUUUAGUUCGGAAACAAGCAGCAAGAACUCUACACAGUAUGCAAGCCCUCAUCAGAGCUCAGGCCACCGUUCGAGCUCACAAAUCUCGGUUUUUACCCGAUAUCAAUCCUCGAAAAUCUCUCGAAAAGUUCGAUGACAUGAACUCGGUCCACAGUCGGAGAUUAUCAGGAAACCUCGAUAAUGGGUUCGAUCGUAGCCCGAAGAUCGUCGAGAUCGAUACUUGUAGACCCAAAUCAAGAUCCUCUCGGUCCAGAAUCAGUCCGUCGGUAAUCGACUCGACGGAGGACAGCAUGAAUCUCAGUUGGAACAUAUCUUCAAUCUCAAUCCCCGAUACUGCCCGAAACUUCCACGACUUUGACUACCGAUACUCCUCCACCGCGCAGAGUACCCCCCGGUAUCUCUGCAUCGCUCCAUCAACGCCAGCGAAGAGCGUUUGUGGGGGUGAUGGAGGGUUCAACUGCCCGAACUACAUGAGCAAUACGAGGUCGUUCGAGGCAAAGGUGAGGUCGCAAAGCGCGCCGAAGCAGAGGCCAGAGUUGGGACCGAGGAAGAGGCUGCCGUUGAGCGAGGUGCUGAUUGAGUCAAGGGCGAGCCUCAGCGGUGUUGGGAUGCAGAGGUCGUGUGCACGUGCACAGGAGGUUGCUGCAGGGUUUAAUUUCAAGAGUGCAGUGGUUGAUAGGCUUGAUAGGUCUCUAGAAUUUGGGAGGGAAACAGAGAGGGAUUAUUAUUUGCAGAGGAAAUGGUGAUGCUGUGAUGAUGGUGAUGAUGAUGAUGGUAGAUUUGAAAUAAGAAGAGUGGAAUUAUGCUUUGUUUUUUGUUUUAUUUUAUCCUUUGUCGUUGUUAUCUUCUCCACUUGGAGGUAAGAAAGUGGGUGAAGUUAGAACAUAGAGAUGUAAGAUGUUUGUUGUGUAAAUUAUGAGUUUUCUUUUUGUUAGUUGAAGUUUGGAAGUUUCAUGUCAGGGAUUUGAAUUUUUGAUCGGUAUAUCAAAAGGAGAAACACUGAGCUCA